AUGGCCUCUUUUGCGGUCGUGAUACACCACCACCACAGGGUAGAGAGACCGGGGCCAAAGGGCGGCAUUGGGGCCCAGUACCAGAUCGCAAAGGAGGUCCCCUGGGCCGGUGACAAACUCGCAGUAAAGUCGAUGCUUUGUAUCAAGGUCCCCUGCCGAGCAUCAAAUGUCGACGAAACUCCCGCCCACAUCCAGAGCCACGGCACUCUGAACUUCCCGUUCGUCCUUUCUCUAUGCUGCCACAGGGAGAGAUGGCUGGCGGCCUCUGAUGAUGCUCGUCAGACCACCGGCGCCCUUAUUGGCAAGUCAUUCAAACGUCAAAGUCGAAACCUUGGCGUCGGCUACAGCGUCGGCUACCCUACCACCAGGAAUCCAACAAACUUGUCGGGGGACGAUUCCUGA